UAGGCGUUUGGCAGAACUCCAUAAGGCGGUGGAAGGAUUUGUUGAUCCGAUUGGGAAGGAAGCUGCAAAACUGCGCAAGAAGAUAGAUGCGGUCAACAAGGAUUUAAAGUCGCUGGGCCAGACCUGCCAGCGCAAGGAACAUGAGUAUCAACAAGCUCUGGAUUUAUAUAAUGUGAAGAGUAAGGAAAAGGCUCAACUCAUCACCAUAUUAAUGGAGGUCGUGAGCGAGAGUGAAAGACAGAGAAUGAAGAAACUGGAUGAGCUAAGCAGGGACGUGGAUUCGAUAUCUUCAACUAGGCCGAUUAAGCACCUUUAGGCCUUGAUAUAUACAUGACUAAAGAUAUUGCUGUCAGUCUGUCACAUAUAUACUACCUCCGUCCCUUAAAACUUUGUUGUCUUCGACUUUUCAAACGAAUGAUUAUAAAUUUUGGAUAAUGAUUUUGAUUAGAAUAAUUCUAUGAAAGUUAAAAAUUUUAUACUUUAAUGAAAGUAUUUUCAACAAUGAUUCACUUUAAGCAAAAAAAAAAAAUCAUUACUUAAAGUUUAACUCUAUCCAUUGAAAAAUUCAAUAGUGACGAAGUUUUAAGGGACGGAGGAAGUAUGCAAUAUGUAUAGAAAGUUGUCCAAAUUGCGGGUCUUACUAGGUUUUAUAAGAAAUACUCAGUUUUUUAUUGAUUAACCCUGCAAGAUUUCGUUUGUUCAAGAUAGAUAAGAGAAACUUACUUUUCACGUAGUUGUUGCAGUUCGUUUCUUAUUAUUUGUUGGCAAUGGUAUAUGAGAGUCCAUAUGGGUCUCUUAUAAUAUAUUCUCUCCGUUCUAUUUAAGUCUUUACAUUUUUCUUUUUGAGACGUCCAAU